AUGGCCGCCCUCGAGGGCAGCCUGCCGGCUGCCUAUGACCGGGACGUCGACCUGGACGACCCCGACGCCGAUCCGCAGAGCGAGAGCAUCAACAUGGACGACGUCGAAAAGGCGGCAUCGCGCCAUGAUUCUAGCACAGACGCUGCCGUCCAGCCGGCCUUUGACUGGGCAGCCGACCCGGCCAACCCGUAUAACUGGCCCGGCCGCCGCAAAUGGGCCCAGGUUGCCGCCAUCGCCUCGGUCGGUUUCCUGACGUCAGUCGGCACCUCCAUCAUCAGCCCGGCCACCUUUGCCAUCCGCGAUGCUUUUGGCCUCCACAGCACUACUGUCGCCCUGCUGCCCUUUUCCUUUUACGUGCUCGCCCUGGCUCUCGGACCCGUCGUCGGUGGCCCGCUGUCCGAGACCGUCGGCCGUCUGCCCCUGCUUGCCGCUGGCACGCCACUCGGCCUGCUCUUCACUGUCGGCUCUGCUCUCUGUCCGACCAGCUCACUCGCCGGCCUCUGCAUCCUUCGCUUCCUCGCCGGCUUCGUCCUUGGCCCCAGUCUCGCCAUCGCCUCCGGCAUCCUCACCGAGACUUUCCGGCCCGUCGAACGCGGCCUGCCGUCAGCCCUCUUCAUCGUCACGCCUUUCCUAGGUCCAGGCAUGGGGUAA